AUGUCUGAAAUUGAACCAAGAAAGAGUAAAGUUUCAAUGAUGCACCUCAAAAGCCAGUCCACCAAGUCACAGAUAGGCUUCGGGAACAAAUCCAUGAGUAGGCUGAGAGUCCGAAGACAGUCGUAUGGUUUUGCAGGAGUGCCCGGCAUACGGCCUGUGGAGAGAUCAUCUCAGGUUGCUAUCGAGUUCAAACGGCCUAUUUUGAGUUAUUUACCAACUUACCAGCUCGAUCCAACUUAUAAGUUCCAUGUUCCAACGGUACAGAAGUUGACUGCUGAACUGCUUGAUGAGCUGUGGACUGGCCACAAGUAUAAUGUGCAGGAUUCCCCGGCUCUAGCGCUCCGCAUAGCCGGCGAGUUGAUGCGAAAAGUGAAAGCAGUGCAGUUCAACCGAUACCGCAUCAUAUGUGUCGUCACUAUAGGACAGAGGAGAGCUCAGAGCUACAACAAUGCCGUGUCCUUUUUAUGGGACCAUGAGAGGGAUAACUUAGUUGAUGUCCAAAGAGAAGUCACCACUGCUUUUAUUCAGGUUACAACUUUUGGUGUGUACUUGGACUAA